CGACGUAGCACUAGCAUCCACUCUGCCCUGCGUCGACUCUAUUCCUAUCGUGAUAACACACGGAAUAGCACUUUUGUUCUUUGCAUUUCGUUCUCAAACAACCAUGGCCGCAAAAGACGACACGGGAAUUCCACGCUUUUCUCCUUCUUCUUGGAGCAUGCGCCGGCACUUUGGAGUUUCCGUAGUGUUAGCGCUGGGCUUUGGGAUACUAUUGUUGGUAUUAUCUAGUGACCCACACUCCUCGACCAGCUACACACAACACACCAACUCUCCGGUCUUUUCCUCCCGCUUGCUGCGCCUCGAGCCCACCUGGGAGCUGCAAACACGAGACAAUGUAUCCUCCGUAUGGAAAGCACUGGGAGUGUCCAACGAGCAAAGGGUCCUCCUGAGGGUACAUUACUCGAAACACCAGCCCAAAAACAAGCGUACAGUCAGCGAUGCCAGUGGUGAUUGGUUUGAUGAUUCCACAAUUCGUAGUCUUCAACAAUUGACAUCCGAAGACCGCAUGGCAGCGGAAGCGGAAGAGCUGGCCGUUAACGUAUCGUUUGAAGACAUUUAUAAAACAAUUGUAUUUAUCACCGCCACUUGGGCUUUGGGAAAUUUGAGCACCUGGCUGCAUAUGCCGAGCUUGGUGGGUGAAAUCAUGUCGGGAUUUUUGCUAGGUCCGCCACUCGCUGACUUUUGUCCCUUCCCUGAGGCCAUGGUUCUCAUUGGGAGUUUUGGAUUGAUUGGGCUCAUUUUGGAAUCCGGUAUUGAUUUGGAUGUCGGCCAGCUUAAAGAAACAGGGAAACGCGCCAUUCUGAUGGCGUUUACCGGAACGGCCCUACCACUAUUAGUGGGAAUGGGUCUUGGUCGGGCUGCUGGGCAAGAAUUGCAAUCCAGUAUCGCAAUUGGCGCAACGUUUUCGCCUUCCUCGCUUGGUGUCUCGGCCAAUGUACUGUCGGCCGGAGAAGUUCUCAACACACCGACGGGUCAAAUGAUUGUCGCCAGUAGCGUUGUCGAUGAUGUCCUUGGGCUUAUCAUGUUGAGUAUACUGGAUGUUUUUGUCAGGGAAAACACCACGGCGUUCGAUUAUUGCAUACCCUUCAUUUCGUCGUUUGGGUAUUUGAUUGUACUUGGAUACUCCGGGAUCACUUGGAUGCCGUACAUAAUUGAACACAAAAUUAUGGCUAGAUUUCCGGAGGGGUACCGCGAGUUGGUCGCCUUUUGUCUCAUGUUUUUACUCCUCCUCGUAUACCUUCCGCUGCUGAAUUACUCCCGUGCCUCGUACCUGACUGGUACUUUUUUGGCGGGUCUGACAUUUUCCCAGAUAAACUCGGUCCAUGCUGCUUUUGCUCAGCACGGACGAGGAAUUCUCGAUUGGCUGUUGCGCAUAUUUUUUGCAGCCACUAUCGGGUUCCAAGUGCCCAUUACACGCUUUCAAGACGGUUACGUCCUCAAGUGGGGCGCGAAAUUUUUGGUGCCGAUUUUGGCCAAAAUGCCUUUAGGCCUUUACGUCCCGCGCUCCAACUGUAAAACGCUCCCGGAGGACUUUCCGUAUGACCCGUAUUGGCGCGAUGUAUGGAUUACUUCGCUGGCACUGGUCUGCCGCGGCGAAUUCAACUUUAUUAUUGCGAGUUUUGCAUUAAGUGAAGGACUUGUCAACCCUGACAUCUAUUCGGCGAUUGUCUUUUCAGUACUAUGUGCCAGCAUCUUUGGACCGCUGAUAUUGGCACGUGUCAUUGCCUACUACAAUGCUAAAUCACAGGCCUAUCUUUCUGGAAGUCAUCCCAUCGAGAGAGACGGCGAUACGUCUGACGGCUUCCGUCCGCUUUAUCUAGCGAUUCAAGCGAGAACUCCGAUCCACUGGGGUUUGCAGGACAGUUUCAAGAAAGCUUUGGACGAUGCUGGCCUCAUCAUCAUUGAUCAUCGUUCCUGGCAUACUUUGGGCCUCAACGCGAUCGAUAUUACGGAGCUCUUUGUUCAAGACACGAGAGUCAAGGUUCGUGUUUGUGCAUGCUUCGAAACUCGCAAAGCAGCAGCUGCGGCGGCUGCCAAUUCCGGUGAGUCGGUUGCGAUUCUUUUGCCGAUUCAAAAAGGCCAAGUACCUGAGUCAGCUACCAUUAACGGCUCAGCAACAAGUCAAGACACAGAUGCCAAAGACUCGGAGACUAGUAGUUCGCAAAUGGAAAAAGGCAAGACAGAAGACGAGAUCAUUCGUGCACGGUGCGAUGAAAUAAAACAACUUCUCUCCAAUUGCCUCCUUCCACACGAUACCGAGGACUAUGUGAUUCAGGUGUCGCAGUGGCAGACAUAUACGUUCGACAAUCAAGACUUGAAGGGAUCGGAUGAUGACAAAAAGUUCUAUCGAUUCAACUUGCAUCAGCCAACGGAAUUAAUAGUAGCUCCGAGCGAAGUAUCUGCAGAAGAUUCUCUUCCAACUGCUUCAGAAGUCGAGCCGCUGCGCCGCCCGGCAUUAUAUCGGCGGUCGUCAACAAUCACCGUAACCGAUGAUCCUACACCUGCUGAUGAGCCCAUGCUUUCGGGUCCUGAUCUGUGGGAAUCAGAUGAAAUUUCUCACGCAAUGACUCGCGACGGCUAUGUCAUGUCUCCGGUUCCCGGCGGUAUUCACCGUUCGGUGACCGCAGGUCUAGUUGGAGAAGCUGAGCACGGACAUCAUCCGGAACCGUAUCACCGUCGUCGCAUAACUUUCGACGCAGCCCUGUUGACAACUCAUGGGGACGAGCUUGAAACAAGCAUGAUCAAAGAGCGUCUGCAUGGAUAUGUACGACCGCAUUUGUAGCUUUUGUGGUCAUACACGCGUCUUCUUAGCCCUGUCAUCUCGAGAUACAUUUUUGAAUAGUAUGUAGAUUAUAGUUUUUGUACUUGACAGAGAGUUAUGCUU